AGACACUGACGGGUGGGGCCACUUGGUCAGCUCAAGGUCGAGCCAGUCAACCAGACCACGCAAAUCCACACUGCCCUCUCCCCCUCGCCGCCGGCGCCACCGCCACCGCCACCGCGCCGCCGCCUACACCAGCACACCAUGCUCCGCCUCCAGAAGUGCAUCCUCACCCAGCUGCUCCCUUCUACCUCUGCCUCCACCUCCCCACUCCACCGCCUCAUCUCCGCCGCCGCGCCCGCCGCAUCCCCAGGCCCCAGCUUCGCCGUGGAGGACUACCUCGUCUCCACCUGCGGCCUCACCCGAGCGCAGGCGCUCAAGGUCUCCACGAAGCUUUCCCACCUCAAGUCGCCAGCCAAUCCCGACGCCGUCCGCUCCUUCCUCGCCGGCCUCGGCCUCUCCACCGCCGACGUCGCAGCGCUCGUCGCCAAGGACCCCAAGUUCCUCUGCGCAAGCGUGGAGAGGACCCUGGCUCCCGUCGCCGUCGGGCUCGCCGGCCUCGGCCUCUCGCGUCCCGAGAUCGCGCGCCUCGUCUCGCUCGCCGGCGAGUUCUUCCGCGGCAGGUCCGUCGCCUCGAGGCUGGCCUACUUCCUCUUCCUCUUCGGCUCCUACGAGGACCUCCUCCGGGUGCUCAAGCACAGCCCCAAUCUCCUCGGAUGCGACCUCGACCGGGUCAUCAAGCCCAACGUCGCCUUCCUGCGGGAGUGCGGGCUAGGUGCUUGCGAUAUUGUCAGGCUGUGCAACCGUGUGCCAUGGCUGCUCGGCAAUAACCCGGAGCGCGUCCGGGCGAUAGUGGCGUGCGCUGAAGGGCUCGGUGUGCCCCGUGGAUCGGGGAUGUUCGGGCAAGCGCUGCAAGCUGUCGCAUUCCUCAGCCAGGAGAAAAUCACCGCCAAGGUCGAGCACUUGAAGAAGAUGUUCCGGUGGUCGGAUGCUGAGGUGGGCGUUGCUGUUUCUAAGGCUCCAGCGGUGCUGCUGAAGGCCAAAGAAUCGCUGCAGCGCAGGUCCGAGUUCCUCAUCUCCGAGGUGGGGUUGGAACCUGCAUACAUUGCUUUUCGUCCAGCAAUGCUCAUGUACAGCUUGGAGGGCAGGAUCAGACCCCGGUACUACGUUGUAAAGUUUCUCAAGGAAAAUGGAUUGCUUGAUCAUGACCGGGACUACUAUAAUACAAUCGUGAUCAGCGAGAAGGUAUUUAUGGAGAAGUUCAUAUGCCCUCACAAGAAAUCUGCACCGCACCUUGCUGAAGACUAUGCAGCAGCUUGCAGAGGGGAAAUGCCUGCGAGAUUCAUAUCUUCAUGAACCAACAACAGGGCAUUAAAAUUUGCAAACGUGUAGUGCACAAUAAAGGUUUCGCUCUGCCACCCAAUAGAGGUUUCCUUGUUCUUUUUGUAACUAUAUGCUUUUUUUCCUGCUAUUGUACGUCCCCUGUUUUUCUGAAUCUGUUGCAUGCUACCUUAGUCGUUGCUAGCUCCUGAUGAAACUGAUACUUGCAUUCCUUCAUGGCAUGGUUUUGAACUUCUUCAUCAUCAUGUAAUGUUGACACAGUCCUCAUGGUAAAAUAUAUCCAAUCGAAUUUCCGA